UACGGCGCUUCUAUGAGGGAGCGGUGCUUAGCAGCUGGGAGGCGGAGCCAAGAGGCUUUGGUCGUGGUUAUUCCUUGUGAGCGGUAUCGUGAGGACGUUGUGAUAAAGGCUUUUCCUUAGGCUAUUGGUUAGAAUGUGAGGGAGGGGUGGGGACCGAAGCCUUUGCUGAGUAAUGACCGGGUAGGAAGUUACUGGUGGGCGGGAUUAAGAAUCGAGGGGCCGGAUGUGACUGGAAUCUUUAACGGCGCGUUAAAACUUCAGGGUCUCAGAGAAAUCCGUAGAAAUAGGAGGGGCGACGGAUUCUAUUGUGGAGCAAGUCGUUAAGAUAUGUCAGACUGGGUAUCAUAUUAUAAAAAUGAAGAUGAUGAGGAAGAAGAGGAACAAAAUGAAGAAGUUGAAACCAUUGGAGAAUAUAAAUAUUCAGGUCGGGACACAUUGGUUUUCUUAGUCGAUGCCUCAAGAGCCAUGUUUGACUGCUAUGAUAAUAGUGAUUUGUCUCCUUUUGAUAUGACAAUCCGGUGCAUUCAGAAUGUCUACACAAACAAGAUAAUCAGCCAUGAUAGAGAUCUUGUUGGUGUGGUUUUUUAUGGAACUGAACAACACAAAAAUUCAGUGGAUUUUAAGCACAUCUAUGUUCUUCAAGAUUUGGACAAUCCAGGGGCAAAACGAGUAUUAGAGCUGGCCAAAUACAAGGGAAAGGAAGGGCAAGCUCUGUUCCGCAAGUCAUUUGGCCAUAGUGCUGACUACUCAUUAGGUGAAGCCCUUUGGAUUUGCUCCAAUCUCUUCAGCGAUAUCCGCCUCAAGAUGAGCCACAAGAGGAUCAUGCUGUUUACUAAUGAAGAUAACCCUCAUGGUCAAGAUAGCGCAAAAGCCAAAUUUGCUAGGACUAAAGCUACAGAUCUUCGAGAAACAGGUAUUUAUCUUGAUUUAAUGCACCUGAAGAAGCCUGGGGGAUUUGAUAUCUCCUUAUUCUAUAGAGACAUCAUUAAUUCAGCAGAAGAUGAGGACUCAGGAGUCCAAUUUGAGGAAUCUGGCAAAUUAGAAGACCUUAUGAAGAAGGUACGAGCAAAAGAGACAAGGAAGCGAUCUUUAGCCAGGUUGAACUUCUAUCUGGGAAAAGAUGUGGCUUUUACUGUUGGCAUUUUCAACUUAGUCCAGAGGGCUUUCAAACAGCCCCCAGUGAAACUUUAUAGAGAAACAAAUGAGCCUGUGAAAACAAAGACACGAACCUUUAACCGAGAGACAGGUAGCUUGCUUCUUCCUAGUGAUACAAAGAGAGCUCAGGUCUAUGGGAACCGUCAGAUUGUGCUGGAGAAAGAGGAGACAGAAGAAGUGAAGAGAUUUGAUUCUCCAGGUUUAUAUCUGAUUGGCUUCAAACCCUUGGUAAUGCUCAAACGCCAUCAUCACAUCAGGCCAGCCCAGUUCAUCUAUCCUGAUGAGUCUUUGAUUAAUGGAAGCACCACACUUUUCAGUGCUUUACUAACAAAGUGUUUGGAGAAAGGAGUGAUGGCCAUAUGCAAGUACAUCCCUCGUCAGAACACCCCUCCCAGGUUUGUAGCUCUGGUCCCUCAGGAAGAACAGCUAGAUGAACAGAAUGUGCAGAUUGCUCCUGCAGGGUUUCAUCUGAUUUUCCUGCCAUAUGCUGAUGAUAAACGGAAAAUUGACUUCACAGAAAAGGUCCCAGCUAACCAAGAACAGGUGGACAAAAUGAAGGAGAUAGUCCAGAAGCUUCGGUUCAAGUACAGGAGUGAGAGCUUUGAGAAUCCAGUUCUACAGCAGCAUUAUAUGAACCUAGAGGCCUUGGCGCUGGACCUGAUGGAACCUGAAAAGGUUGAGGAUCUGACCGUGCCCAAGACUGAGGUGAUGGAACACAGACUUGGUAACCUUGUGGAGGAGUUCAAACAGCUGGUUUACCCACCAGGUUAUGACCCCGAUGGGAGAGUUACAAAGCGAAAACAAGCAGGGGAUGUCACUGAACCAGAAAAGAAAGCCAAGGUAGAAAUAUCUGAGGAAGAUUUGAGGAAUCAUGUCCGAAAAGGCACUUUGGGUAAACUUACUGUACCAGUUCUAAAAGAUGUCUGCAGGAUUUAUAAGCUAUCGGCAGGGGGAAAGAAGCAAGAACUUUUAGAUGUGGUGACUGAAUAUUUCAGUAAGCACUGAAUUCUGAUCCUGCUCCCAACUGCCACCUCUUCAUCCACUUCCUAAGGUUUAGAUACGUAGCAGGCAAAAAAGAUGUCAUGUCUUUAUAAUUGUGGUUAGAGAAAAAGAAGUUGGCAUUGUCCCCCAUUGUCCCCACAAUGGUUGAUAGAAUUUGGUGAAUAUGGGAAUUAAGUUGAAGAUUUAAUUUUUCCUGUUUCAAGACUGAAUACAACCUUGCUGUACUUCCUUAUACCUUUAAUAAAUGAGCUUGUUUUGUA